GCGCCCCCGCGCCCCCGCGCCCCCGCGCCCGCUCGCCCGCCGCGCGGGGCCUGGGGGAGGGGCUGCCGCGGGUCAGGAAUUUCCUGCUCGCUCCAGGUCUAGGAAAGUCAGCAGAACGGACGGGCAGACCCUUCGCUGCCACCCUCCUCCCGUGGCAAAGACCUGGUUUUGGCUUUUCGUUUUUUAAUUUUCUUCUUCUUUUUAUUUUUAUUUAUUUUAUUUUUUCAAAUGGGCCGAGCCCACGCCUUUAGCAAGAUGCCAAGCUGACCCGGACCUCGGAGGAAUUUGAAGCUUCUCGCUGCGUCCCGGGGAGGGGGGGACGUCCUUCGCUUAGACUUCGCGUUUUAAAGGGGGUGUGCAUUGGAGCGUUGCUUUAAAAAAAAAAAAAAACUGAUCUUUUUACACUAUUUUUUUUUAACUGAAAAAAAAAAUAUUUUUUCUUCUUCUCUGGAGUGGGUGGCCGGGGAUCGCCUGGAUCGCGUCCUCGGUUAUUUUUGCCGCGCCCCUCCCCCGCGCCCCGCCCCCGCGCCCUCCUCCGCACCCCUCCUCCCGCCCGGGGUCACCGCCUCUGCCGGCAUGUCCCGAGCCGCGCUCCCCGGCUCGGCCGGGCCGUCCCGCUCGUGAGCCCCCGAGCCGAGGCCGGGCGCCGCCGCCCGAUGGGCUGGGCGGCGGAGCGUCUCCGCAGUCGCAGGUGCAGCCGCCGUCCCCACAGCCCGGCCAGCCUGAGCAGCGGCGGCGGUGGUGGUGGUGGCGGUGGCCGUGGCUUCCGCAGCGUUCGCCGCAGCAACAGCAGCCGCCGCGUAACCCGAGGCCCUUUGCUCUUUGCAGAAUGGCCCGCUUUGGAGACGAGAUGCCGGGCCGCUACGGCGCAGGCGGAGGAGGCUCGGGGCCGGCCGCCGGGGUGGUCGUGGGCGCCGCGGGCGGCCGAGGAGCCGGGGGCAGCCGGCAGGGCGGGCAGCCCGGAGCGCAGAGGAUGUACAAGCAGUCGAUGGCGCAGAGGGCGCGGACCAUGGCCCUCUACAACCCCAUCCCCGUCCGCCAGAACUGCCUCACGGUCAACCGCUCCCUGUUCCUCUUCAGUGAAGACAACGUGGUGAGAAAAUACGCCAAAAAGAUCACGGAAUGGCCUCCCUUCGAGUACAUGAUCCUGGCCACCAUCAUUGCUAACUGUAUCGUCCUGGCCCUGGAGCAGCACCUCCCUGAUGACGACAAGACACCCAUGUCUGAGCGGCUGGAUGACACGGAACCAUACUUCAUUGGAAUCUUUUGUUUUGAGGCUGGAAUCAAGAUCGUGGCUCUUGGCUUUGCCUUCCACAAAGGCUCCUACCUGAGGAAUGGCUGGAACGUCAUGGACUUUGUCGUGGUGCUAACAGGCAUCUUGGCCACUGUCGGGACGGAGUUUGACCUACGGACACUGAGGGCGGUUCGUGUGCUGCGGCCACUCAAGCUGGUGUCUGGAAUCCCAAGUUUACAAGUCGUCCUGAAGUCAAUCAUGAAGGCGAUGAUCCCUCUGCUGCAGAUCGGCCUCCUCCUGUUUUUUGCAAUCCUUAUUUUUGCAAUCAUAGGGUUAGAAUUUUAUAUGGGAAAAUUUCAUACCACCUGCUUUGAUGAGGGGACAGACGACAUCCAGGGUGAGUCGCCAGCUCCGUGUGGGACAGAGGAACCCGCCCGCACCUGCCCCAACGGGACCAAAUGUCAGCCGUACUGGGAAGGGCCCAACAACGGCAUCACUCAGUUCGACAACAUCCUGUUCGCUGUGCUCACUGUUUUCCAGUGCAUCACCAUGGAAGGCUGGACUGAUCUCCUCUACAAUAGCAACGAUGCCUCAGGGAACACUUGGAACUGGUUGUACUUCAUUCCCCUCAUCAUCAUCGGCUCCUUUUUUAUGCUGAACCUUGUGCUGGGUGUGCUGUCUGGGGAGUUUGCCAAAGAAAGGGAACGUGUGGAGAACCGGAGGGCUUUUCUGAAGCUCAGAAGACAGCAGCAGAUUGAACGCGAGCUCAAUGGGUACAUGGAGUGGAUCUCAAAAGCAGAAGAGGUGAUCCUCGCGGAGGACGAGACAGACGUGGAACAGAGGCACCCUUUUGAUGGAGCUCUGCGGAGAGCUACUCUGAAGAAAAGCAAGACGGACCUGCUCAACCCUGAGGAGGCCGAGGACCAGCUGGCUGACAUUGCGUCUGUGGGGUCGCCUUUCGCCAGAGCCAGCAUUAAAAGUGCCAAGCUGGAGAACUCGACCUUUUUUCACAAAAAGGAGAGAAGGAUGCGUUUCUACAUCCGCCGCAUGGUCAAAACUCAGGCCUUCUACUGGACCGUGCUCAGUCUGGUAGCCCUCAACACGCUGUGCGUCGCCAUCGUCCACUACAACCAGCCUGAGUGGCUCUCCGACUUCCUCUACUAUGCAGAAUUCAUUUUCUUAGGACUCUUUAUGUCCGAAAUGUUUAUAAAAAUGUAUGGGCUUGGGACGCGGCCUUACUUCCACUCUUCCUUCAACUGCUUUGACUGUGGGGUCAUCAUUGGGAGCAUCUUUGAAGUCAUAUGGGCUGUCAUAAAACCUGGCACAUCCUUCGGAAUCAGCGUGUUACGAGCUCUCAGGUUACUGCGUAUUUUCAAAGUCACAAAGUACUGGGCAUCUCUCCGAAACUUGGUUGUCUCCCUUCUCAACUCCAUGAAGUCCAUCAUAAGUCUGUUGUUCCUCCUCUUCCUGUUUAUCGUUGUCUUUGCCCUCUUGGGGAUGCAGCUGUUUGGUGGCCAGUUUAAUUUUGAUGAGGGGACUCCUCCCACCAACUUCGACACUUUUCCAGCAGCAAUAAUGACUGUGUUUCAGAUCCUGACUGGCGAGGAUUGGAACGAGGUCAUGUAUGAUGGGAUCAAGUCUCAGGGGGGUGUGCAGGGAGGCAUGGUGUUCUCCAUCUACUUCAUCGUCCUCACCCUCUUCGGGAACUACACCCUGCUGAAUGUGUUCUUGGCUAUCGCAGUGGACAACCUGGCCAAUGCCCAGGAGCUCACCAAGGAUGAACAAGAAGAGGAAGAGGCAGCCAACCAGAAACUGGCACUACAGAAAGCCAAGGAGGUAGCAGAAGUGAGUCCUCUGUCUGCGGCCAACAUGUCCAUAGCCGUGAAGGAGCAGCAGAAGAACCAGAAGCCCGCCAAGUCGGUGUGGGAGCAGCGCACCAGCGAGAUGCGCAAGCAGAACCUGCUGGCCAGCCGCGAGGCGCUGUACGGGGAAGCGGCUGAGCGCUGGCCCACUCCCUAUGCGCGCCCGCUGCGGUCCGACGUCAAGACGCACCUGGACCGGCCGCUCGUGGUGGACCCGCAGGAGAACCGCAACAACAACACCAACAAGAGCCGGGCGCCCGACCCGCUGCGCCCGACCGCGCGGCCCCGCGAGAGCGCGCGCGACCCCGACGCGCGGCGCGCCUGGCCCGGCAGUCCCGAGCGCGCCCCCGGCCGGGAGGGCCCAUACGGCCGCGAGAGCGAGCCGCAGCAGCGCGAGCACGCGCCGCCCCGCGAGCACGCGCCCUGGGACGCGGACGCCGCCGAGCGCGCCAAGGCCGGCGACGCGCCCCGUCGCCACGCGCACCGGCCCGGGGCCGAGGGCGAGCCUCGCCGGCACCGCGCGCGCCGCCGGCCCGGGGACGAACCGGACGACAGGCCGGAGCGCAGGCAGCGCCCCCGUGACGCCGCCAGGCCGGCCCGCCCUGCGGACGGCGACGGCGAGGAUGGAGAACGCAAGCGGCGACACCGACACGGGCCGCCCGCCCACGACGACAGGGAGCGCCGGCAUCGGCGCAGGAAAGAAAAUCAGGGCUCUGGGGUCCCCAUGUCUGGUCCCAACCUGUCCACCACCAGGCCAAUCCAGCAGGACCUUGGCCGCCAGGACCUGCCACUGGCUGAGGACCUUGACAACAUGAAGAAUAACAAGUUGGCCACCGGGGAGCCUGCCAGUCCCCACGACAGCCUGGGCCACAGCGGCCUUUCCCCAAGCCCUGCCAAGAUUGGGAACAGCACCAACCCUGGUCCCACCUUGGCCACCAACCCCCAGAACGCUGCCAGCCGCAGGACGCCCAACAACCCGGGCAACCCGUCCAACCCCGGCCCCCCCAAGACCCCCGAGAACAGCCUUAUCGUCACCAACCCCAGCAGCACCCAGCCCAACUCAGCGAAGACUGCCAGGAAACCCGAGCACAUGGCGGUGGAGAUCCCCCCGGCCUGCCCGCCCCUCAACCACACUGUGGUCCAAGUAAACAAAAAUGCCAACCCAGACCCACUGCCAAAGAAAGAGGAAGAGAAGAAGGAGGAAGAGGAGGCAGACUCCGGGGAGGAUGGCCCAAAGCCCAUGCCGCCCUACAGUUCCAUGUUCAUCCUCUCCACCACCAACCCCCUUCGCCGGCUGUGCCAUUACAUCCUGAACCUGCGCUACUUCGAGAUGUGCAUCCUCAUGGUCAUUGCCAUGAGCAGCAUCGCGCUGGCCGCAGAGGACCCGGUGCAGCCCAACGCACCCCGCAACAAUGUGCUGCGAUAUUUUGACUAUGUUUUCACAGGCGUAUUUACCUUUGAGAUGGUGAUCAAGAUGAUCGACCUGGGCCUCGUCUUACAUCAGGGGGCCUACUUCCGUGACCUGUGGAACAUUCUGGACUUCAUAGUGGUCAGUGGGGCCCUGGUGGCCUUUGCCUUCACCGGCAACAGCAAAGGAAAGGACAUAAACACCAUUAAGUCUCUCCGAGUCCUCCGGGUGCUACGACCUCUAAAAACCAUCAAGCGGCUGCCAAAGCUAAAGGCCGUGUUUGACUGCGUGGUGAACUCACUCAAGAAUGUCUUCAACAUCCUCAUUGUGUACAUGCUGUUCAUGUUCAUCUUUGCUGUAGUGGCCGUGCAACUCUUCAAGGGCAAAUUCUUCCACUGCACGGAUGAGUCUAAGGAGUUUGAAAGAGACUGUCGAGGGAAGUACCUCCUGUACGAGAAGAAUGAGGUGAAGGCCCGGGACCGAGAGUGGAAGAAGUACGAGUUCCACUACGACAACGUGCUCUGGGCCCUGCUCACGCUCUUCACGGUGUCCACGGGAGAGGGCUGGCCGCAGGUCCUCAAGCACUCAGUGGAUGCCACUUUUGAGAACCAGGGUCCCAGCCCCGGGUACCGCAUGGAGAUGUCCAUCUUCUACGUGGUGUACUUUGUAGUGUUUCCCUUCUUCUUUGUCAAUAUCUUCGUGGCCUUGAUCAUCAUCACCUUUCAGGAGCAGGGAGACAAGAUGAUGGAGGAGUACAGCCUGGAAAAAAAUGAGAGAGCCUGCAUCGACUUUGCCAUCAGUGCCAAGCCGCUGACCAGGCACAUGCCCCAGAACAAGCAGAGCUUCCAGUAUCGAAUGUGGCAGUUUGUGGUGUCCCCACCCUUUGAGUACACCAUCAUGGCCAUGAUCGCUCUCAACACCAUCGUGCUGAUGAUGAAGUUCUACGGAGCCUCUGUGGCCUACGAAAACGCUCUUCGAGUGUUCAACAUUGUCUUCACCUCCCUCUUCUCUCUGGAAUGUGUGCUGAAAGUCAUGGCUUUUGGGAUUCUGAAUUAUUUCCGCGAUGCCUGGAACAUCUUCGACUUUGUGACUGUUCUGGGCAGCAUCACAGACAUCCUCGUCACGGAGUUUGGGAAUAACUUCAUCAACCUGAGCUUUCUCCGCCUCUUCCGUGCUGCCCGACUCAUCAAACUCCUCCGACAGGGUUACACCAUCCGAAUUCUCCUCUGGACCUUCGUGCAGUCCUUCAAGGCCCUACCAUACGUCUGUCUGCUGAUCGCCAUGCUCUUCUUCAUCUACGCCAUCAUCGGGAUGCAGGUGUUUGGCAACAUCGGUAUUGACGGGGAAGAUGAGGACAGCGAUGAGGAUGAGUUCCAGAUCACUGAGCACAAUAACUUCCGGACCUUCUUCCAGGCGCUCAUGCUUCUCUUCCGGAGCGCCACAGGGGAAGCGUGGCACAACAUCAUGCUCUCCUGCCUCAGCGGGAAGCCGUGUGACAAGAACUCUGGGAUCCUCACCGCCGACUGUGGCAAUGAGUUCGCAUACUUCUACUUUGUCUCUUUCAUCUUCCUUUGCUCGUUUCUGAUGCUGAAUCUCUUUGUUGCUGUCAUCAUGGACAACUUUGAGUACCUCACCCGAGAUUCCUCCAUCCUGGGCCCCCACCACCUGGACGAGUAUGUGCGUGUCUGGGCCGAGUAUGACCCUGCUGCCUGCGGCCGCAUUCACUAUAAGGACAUGUACAGUUUAUUGCGAGUAAUAUCGCCCCCUCUCGGCUUAGGCAAGAAAUGUCCUCAUAGGGUUGCUUGCAAGAGACUUCUUCGGAUGGACCUGCCCGUAGCAGAUGACAAUACGGUCCACUUCAACUCCACCCUGAUGGCACUGAUCCGAACCGCCCUGGAUAUCAAGAUUGCCAAGGGCGGAGCUGACAAGCAGCAAAUGGAUGCAGAGCUUCGCAAGGAGAUGAUGGCCAUUUGGCCCAACCUGUCUCAGAAGACCCUGGAUCUGUUGGUCACACCUCACAAGUCCACGGACCUCACGGUGGGUAAGAUCUAUGCGGCCAUGAUGAUCAUGGAGUAUUACCGGCAGAGCAAGGCCAAGAAACUGCAGGCCAUGCGAGAGGAGCAGAACCGGACACCGCUCAUGUUCCAGCGCAUGGAGCCUCCGUCGCCAACACAGGAGGGAGGACCCAGCCAGAACGCCCUGCCCUCCACUCAGCUAGACCCAGGAGGAGGCCUGAUGGCUCAAGAAAGUGGCAUGAAGGAGAGCCCAUCUUGGGUGACCCAGCGGGCCCAAGAGAUGUUCCAGAAGACCGGCACCUGGAGCCCAGAGCGAGGGCCGCCCAGCGACAUGCCCAGCAACCAGCCCAACUCGCAGUCUGUGGAGAUGCGGGAAAUGGGUACGGAUGGCUACUCAGACAGCGAACACUACCUCCCCAUGGAAGGCCAGGCCAGGGCCGCCUCCAUGCCCCGCCUCCCAGCAGAGAACCAGAGGAGAAGGGGCCGGCCACGUGGAAAUAACCUCAGUACCAUCUCUGAUACCAGCCCCAUGAAGCGCUCAGCCUCUGUGCUGGGACCCAAAGCCCGGCGCCUGGAUGACUACUCCCUGGAGAGAGUGCCCCCUGAGGAGAACCAGCGCUACCACCAACGCCGCCGGGACCGUGGCCACCGCACCUCCGAGCGUUCUCUGGGCCGCUACACUGAUGUGGACACAGGCCUGGGGACAGAUCUGAGCAUGACCACCCAAUCGGGUGACCUGCCUUCCAAAGAUCGGGACCAGGACCGGGGCCGGCCCAAGGACCGGAAGCAUCGGCCGCACCACCACCACCACCACCACCACCAUCAUCCCCCAGCCCCCGACCGAGAGCGCUACGCACAGGAGCGACCGGACACAGGCCGGGCGCGGGCCCGGGAGCAGCGCUGGUCCCGCUCGCCCAGCGAAGGUCGGGAGCACGCGACACACAGACAGGGCAGUAGUUCCGUCAGUGGAAGCCCAGCCCCCUCUACGUCCGGCACCAGCACGCCGCGGCGCGGCCGCCGCCAGCUCCCCCAGACCCCCUGCACCCCGCGGCCGCUUGUGUCCUACUCGCCGGCUCCGCGCAGGCCUGCGCCGCGCAGGCUGGCGGGUCCCGCGGCGCCCCCUGGCGGCUCGCCGAGAGGGUGCCGCCGUGCGCCGCGCUGGCCUGCGCAUGCGCCUGAGGGCCCGCGGCCGCGUGGCGCCGACUACACCGAGCCCGACGACCCGCGCGAGCAGCCAGGGGGCGCGCACGAGCCCGCGCCGCGGUCGCCCAGGACUCCGCGCGCCGCGGGCUGCGCGUCACCGCGCCACGGCCGCAGGCUGCCCAAUGGCUACUACGCGGGGCACGGCGCGCCGCGGCCGCGCACAGCCCGCAGGGGCGCGCACGACGCGUACAGCGAGAGCGAGGACGACUGGUGCUAAGCCGCCCCGCCCCCCGCAGCGCCCGCCCCGCGCGGGCGCGCCGCAAAUGAUAAACAAUAACGUUUUUAAAAAAGAAAACCGGGGAGGAAAACAAAAAAUAGCUUCUAUUGAUGAGUUUUAUCAUCUCAAUCGAAUCUUUCGUUUUCCCGGUGAAGGAAACCGAGGUGGCUGCGAGCCGGAGGGACGGCUGCACGCCCCACACACUUCUCAGACCCACGGGAGUGCUUGCGGGCCACGCCAAACUUAUUACUGCCUGCAGAGAUCAACUACAAGAAAAUAACACUAACAGUUUUUAAAAGGACAAAAGUUUUUUCCCCCUGACAUUUGGUCCUGCUUGAAAUAACAAAAGAGAGAAGAGAAAAAAUGACCACCACCACCGAUUCCCUUGCUUCUUUUUUUCCUUUAUCUUUUUAAAAACUUUUUUUUCUUUUUUUCCUAUCUUGUUUGAAAAACGUGGGCUUGGGACUGUGAAAUAUUGCAUGACAUUAAAAAGAACAAAAAAAAUAAUAAAAACGAAAAAACUUGAAUCCAA